UCUCGGGUCGAAGCAGUGUAGAGCACGCUGCACCCGGCGGUGCGCGACGGACAGCGUGGCCAGUGUUGUGAAGCGGCGUCGCUACAAUCUCGCCAAGAUCAGCUGGGGGGGAAAAAAAGGCAGUGAACGGUGCAAAGCAUGAAUGGUGGACUGACACUGGUCUUGAUCGUUCGGGGUCGUGCAGAAUUGUUGCGUGUCAGGGACUGCAACUGAAGGAAUGUUUGGUUGAAAGCGCGAGUGAAGUCUGAGAACUAUGGUUGAGAAGGUUCCGAGUGUGAGGUGCGACUUGUCGUCUGCUUGGAAGAACACUUAGUUGGAGGGGAAAAAAAAAGACGUACCGUCGAGCGAAGCUAAGCCCGGGGAGUGAGUGACAAUGAAGUGGGUCCGGAUAAAACGGAUUGUGCGGUUGUGGAUUUGGGUGAUGCUCGGACUGGUGUUGCUGUGCACGACGGAUGUUCAGGGUGACAUAGAAGAUCUCAGAGAAGACGAGGAGCUACCGCCGUUCUUUGCAGAAACUAUUCCGAACGUGACGGUUCCAAGGGGCAGGGAUGCCAAGAUUCCUUGCGUGGUGGACAAUCUGGGCUCGUACAGGCCAGCGUGGAUCAAAGUAGAAGACAAGGGGAUCCUUACCAUCCAUCAGCAGCUCAUCAGCCGAAAUUAUCGAAUCUCGCUGAGUACCAGUGACAAUAGGAACUUUGUGCUCCAGAUAAAAAAUGUGCAGGAGUCGGAUCGCGGUGGCUACAUGUGUCAGAUAAACACAUCGCCCAUGAUGAGCCAGAUUGGGUACCUCGAUGUGCUUGUGCCACCGGACAUCAUUGUGGAAGAGAGCAGCUCUGACGUGAUCGUACGUGAGGGAUCCAACGUGACGCUCAUCUGCAAGGCGAAGGGAUACCCACGGCCAACUAUAACCUGGAGACGGGAGGACAACGAGCCCAUCCCUAUGGGUUCCUGGAAGAACGGAAAGAAGACGCAGACUCUCGUACAAACUUACGACGGAGAGCUCCUGACCGUGACACGCGUGAGUCGGGUCCACAUGGGGGCCUACCUUUGCAUCGCUAAUAACAACGUGCCAUCACCCGUGAGUCGGAGGAUCAUGCUACAUGUUCACUUCCCGCCAGUGAUAUGGAUCCCGAUGCAGCUGGUCGGAUCUCCACCCCGUUCGAACGUGACGUUGGACUGCCACAGCGAAGCGUACCCGCCAGCCGUCAAUUAUUGGGCUAAGGACGGCCAUAAGAUCUUCCUCAACAACGACAAGUACUUGGUCAGCCUCAAAAAGACAGGCUAUAAGACACACAUGCAGCUCACAGUGCGGCAUCUACGCUUGCACGACUUCGGCGCCUACAAAUGCAUCUCGGAAAAUCUCUUGGGAUCGACAGAGGGAUCCAUCAAGCUGUACGAACUACCUGUGGAAAAGCACAGACAUGGGAGAAACGGGACCUACCAGCAGUCCACAGACAAACUGGCGCCUCAUUCACGGCAACAGCAGAGCCUCACGACACAGCAGGCUGACAAGCACCAUCCGUAUGGAAGGAAUUCCUAUAAGGAUGGAACAUACUUCGCUACUGAUGACUCCUACGCGGGUGAAGAUAUUGCUGAUGUUCCGGGUAUCGGCAAUAAUGUCGCGGGCGGCACAUCUUCCAGCGCUCAGCUAUGCUUCGUCAGUGUUGUACUUGUGUUGACGCUGCUAUUCGUCAGCGGCACGUCGUCCCACGAAAGGCGGCUCUAGUGUCCGUGCCACGACGAAGAAGUACACAUCGAACUGCAGAGAGGAAUACUACAUUUCACAGCGUCACGGACAAUGACCGAGCCAAACUGACACACAUGUGACGAUGGAAGGUGGACGGUGGUAUCGACGCAUCGUCGGGACGAUCCUUGAGAUUCGUUAAAGCUCGAACUAAAACGCUGUUCGUGGAGACAAAAAUGCUGUGCAUUGUGGGUCUCUUCGUAAGAACUCUCAGAUGGAGGUGGUUGUGGGAGGAGGUAUCGAGUGAGGUGAAUGUAGGUUACAAAAGCAAAUUCGCGAUUACACUGUGUCUGUUCAGAUUAUUAUGACGAUUUUGUCGAGGGCUGUACCAGAUAUUAUUGUUCUGGGUUAACUAUUGCUCGAAUUCUCCAAAAGAGACACCCUCCUUACAACGAGUUCAACAUGAACAAAAUUCCACAUAAACCGAAAUUCGAUAAAAGUGAAAACGACAAAAAAAUAUUGGCACUAGCUUCGGAAGCGCGGAAGCACUGCGACAGCAACAAAGAAAGGUAUUUAAGCAAACGAACCUUGGACAUGAGCACCUCCGCAGCCCUUUAGGUUAUAUGGACAAAAGCACGUAAGCUGGGUUUGCCGUACGGGCUUUUGCCGGAUCGCCGUACGCACUAAGCGGAAUUGGCUGGCACGUUCACUUAUCGGGUUCCAAACGCCUUUAUUCCGGUCGGGACAGCGUGAGACUUCGGAUAAAGCGAAGGAUAAUUCGAUUAAAAAAGCGAUUUCGUUAUAACGAGGGUUGACUGUAUGUGCUUCAUUUGGCGUUAAGUGUUACAUUAUAUGUUUGUGAUUGAAAAAAAAAAAAGAGACUGAUUGCUUUGUAUCAUCCUUACGUUGGUCUGUAUUGCGCUUCUGUUUCUUUUCUGAGAGCUGUGUUCA